AUGGCAAGUGAAUGGGAAGAAAUCCGACGUCUUGCAGCUGAUUUCCAGAAAGCACAGUUUGCCGACACUGCUCAAAGGUUAUCAGAGAGGGAUUGCAUUGAAAUAAUUACCAAACUUAUUCAAGACAGUAAACUGGAAGUGGUGUACACGCUCGAUGGGAAGGAAUACGUCACCCCUGCACAGAUUAGUAGAGAAAUUCGAGAUGAACUUUACCGUCACGGAGGGCGAGUAAAUAUUCUGGAACUCCAGCAGAUUAUCAAUGUCAAUUGGGUGGAUGUUGAAUGUAGAGCAAAUGAAAUUGCAAAAUCUGACAAAAGUAUCCAGCUCGUGCUUGGGCAACUUAUCGACGACACUUAUCUGAACCGUUUGGCCGAGGAAGUCAAUGACCGGUUGCAGGAAGCCGGCGCGAUCAGCAUUGCAGACCUGUGCAAGAGUUACGAUCUACCAGGCGAUUUCCUAAAUGAGGCGCUCUCCAAGCGUCUCGGGAAGGUGAUCCAGGGAGAACUGGAUCAGUACAGUCGAGGGGUCAUAUUCACUCCCGCAUUUGUCUCCCGUCACACAGCCAAGAUAAGAGGACUGUUCAGUGCAGUCACUCGUCCGACACCUGUCAGCGGAAUGAUCGGUGCUUUUGGACUUCACGAGCAUCUCCUGUAUUCUGUUCUGGAGGAGCUGGUGAACACCGGCCGCCUUAGAGGAACUGUUGUGGGAGGGCGACAGGACAAUGCUGUUUACAUCCCCGACAUUUACUCCAAAACACAGAACACUUGGGUGGAUUCCUUCCUCCGACAGAACGGAUAUUUAGAAUUUGACUCGUUGAUCCGACUGGGAAUCCCAGAGCCCAGCAGCUACAUAAAGAAGCGCUUUAAGGGCAACAAGCUACUUUUCCUCAAAGCGGCUUGCGUGGGCCAGGCUCUGGUUGACCAGGUGGAGGCCUCUAUAGAAGAAGCCAUCAGCUCCGCCACGUGGACCGACAUACAGGCCAUUUUGCCGAGCUGCCUGUCGGAUGAAGACGUGGGCAUGUUGAUCAGCCAGGCCAUGAGGAAUACCAACACUGACUCGGCUGCCAGAGUCCUGGGAGGCACAAUUGUCUGCAGUGAAAAAUGGAUCAGCGACUGCCUGGCGCUAUUUGACAGUUCCAUACAACAGAAAGCGCAAAAUGAGUUCAAAAAUAAUCCAGUGUUGCUGAUAACUGAAGAGGAUCUGAAGCAGUCCGCCAUGGUUGCUGAAAACGCUGGAUUGUCCAGAAAGGACAAAAGAGAAGAUCGCAAGAAAAAAGCCACAGAGAGCAGCGGGAACGUUAAAUCGAGCGGGGGGAGCAACGCCAGAGAGAUCAAAAUUCGUAAAACUAAGAAGAAAGGGAGGAAAGACGAAGACGACGAAGAAAGCGGACCUCGUUCUAAGAAGGAGGAAGCUCCGUUUAUGACUCAGGAAGAAAUAGUCGUCGUACUGGAGGACAAGCUGAACGACGGUCCGCAAGAAGUUUUCUCCGAGUUGGCAGAGGAGUUAAUGCGGCCUUUGACUAAAGCCUACCAGGAAGCGAUGCGGACUUUGUUCAUGUCCACCACCUGCCCUCUCUCAGGCGCUAACAAAAAGUCAGUGAAGGACCUGCAGGAAGAAAUCACUAACCUCUACAACAACAUCAGGCUGUUUGAGAAAGGCACCAAGUUUUUCUCAGAAGAAACCCAGGUCAUCAUUGCCAAGCAUGUUUUAAAAACAGUCGGCACCGAUGUAACCAACAUCCUCGUCAAUUUCCUAGCCGCCGACCUGAUGAUGUCCGUCGAGAACCCCGCCACCAUAACCAAUGAGGUCCGCUUGAAGAUACUAGGCAAAGUGUCAGACGACACCAAAACGCCUCUGAUGAAACUGCACAACUGUCUGAACGGUAAAACGAUCAACGAAUUUCUGGAAAACUUUGAGACCUCGGCGGAGGCGUGCGGCUUCUUGAUGAAGAAGUCCGACAAGAAAAAGGAGAGACAGGCCUUCCUGCUGCACCGGCAGACGCUGACUGAACAGCUGAAAGAGACCGAAGACCCCGCUUUGGUCCUCCACCUGACUAGUGUGUUGCUGUUUCAGGACAGCACCCACUGCAUCCUGCACGCCCCGGGACGAUGCGUUCCUCAUAUUAUCGGUACCCUCAUGGGGCGCAUACCUGCAGAGAAGCAUCAGCUACUUAGCGUUUAUCAGAGCCUGGUUGUGAAGCAACUUAUGAGCCAGAAUCAGGGACGGAAGCAGGAAGAAGUGAAGAACGAAACCAAGGAACAGGAUGAGGAGACGUCAAGUAUUUUUGAGCAGUUCAAACUUUUGACACCGCAAGUCAAGGAACUGGCGCUUUCUCAGAGAAAGACGUCGACGAGCGAGACACAAGCUUAA